AUGACCUGUCAGAUAUUAGAGAAUGGAUCUGAUACAUAUUUUGAAGAUACGGAGAUCAGUAUAAAUGUUGGGGGAUACAAGCAACGGUUAAGAUAUGACACAUUACUAAAAUUUCCAGAAACAAGGUUAUGCAAGUUGCUAGCUUGCCAGUCAAAGGAAUCCAUACUAGAGUUGUGUGAUGACUACGAUGACGUAAAGAACGAAUUUUACUUUGAUAGAAAUCCUAAUUUGUUUCCCUAUGUCUUGCAUUUUUAUAACACUGGUAAACUGCACGUUAUGGGUGAGCUUUGUGUCUUUUCGUUUUGCCAAGAGAUUGAAUACUGGGGGAUAAAUGAAUUUUUUAUAGAUUCCUGCUGCAGUUACAACUAUCAUGGUAAGAAAGUGGAACCAGAAGCAGACCAAUGGGAAGAAAAAAGUGAGCAAGAGAGUACCACUUCUUCGUUUGAUGAGAUUUUGGCAUUUUACCAUGAUGCUUCCAAGUUUGAUAGACAACCUUUUGGAAACUUCAGAAGGAGACUAUGGUUAGCACUGGAUAACCCUGGCUAUUCUAUAUUGAGCAGAGUUUUCAGCAUUCUUUCUAUAAUGAUAGUCCUUGGCUCCAUUAUAACCAUGUGCCUCAACAGCUUGCCAGAAUUUCAAAUUGUUAAUGCCAAUGGAAGCACAGAAGAAGAUCCCCGGUUUGAAAUAGUGGAACAUUUUGGCAUAGCUUGGUUUACAUUGGAAUUGGUGGUGCGCUUUGCGGUCUCUCCAGACUUCAAAGCUUUUUUUAAACACCCUCUGAACAUUAUAGACUUCAUUUCAAUAGCUCCAUUUUAUAUAACCUUAAUUGUCAACUUAGUUGUGGAAAGUAGCCCAACUCUAGCAAACUUAGGAAGAGUUGCCCAAGUUCUCAGGCUAAUGAGAAUUUUUCGUAUCCUGAAACUUGCUAGACAUUCAACUGGUUUGAGAUCUCUUGGGGCCACCCUUAAAUACAGCUAUAGAGAGGUAGGUCUUCUAUUGCUCUACUUGUCUGUAGGAAUUUCCAUAUUCUCUGUUGUGGCUUACACCAUUGAAAAAGAAGAAAAUGAUGGAUUGGCCACUAUUCCAGCCUGCUGGUGGUGGGCUACUGUUAGCAUGACAACUGUUGGAUAUGGAGAUGUUGUUCCAGGGACCAUUGCUGGGAAACUGACUGCUUCUGCUUGCAUUUUAGCUGGCAUUCUUGUUGUUGUGCUUCCCAUUACUCUAAUAUUCAAUAAAUUUUCUCAUUUCUACCGAAGGCAAAGGCAAUUAGAAAAUGCCAUGCGAAGCUGUGAUUUUGGUGAUGGAGUAAAAGAGAUGCCCUCUGUAAAUUUAAGGGAUUAUUAUGCUCACAAAGUUAAAUCUCUCAUGGCAAGUCUGACAAAUAUGAGCAAGAGUACCCCAAGUGAGGAAAGUCUGAAUGGUUCUAUUAACUAG